AUGGCUGUCACUCGUGCGGGGUCUGCAUCUCCUGCUCGGACGGGUGCUGUGUUUUCUGGCCCAGGUGCCUCGAAGGAAUCCGAGGAUCAAGAGUCUACCGAAACGAAGGGGAAAGUUUUGAAGAGUAAUCUUUCUCCUUUGUCUAAAGGGAAAGCUGUUUUGAAGUACUCCUCAGAUUCUUCCCUUCCUAAUGUGAUCGAGGAUGAUGUUGGUGGUUCAAAUGAGUUGAAGGAGGCCAACAUGCAUGUGAGUGCUGAGUUAAUCGGGAAACAGUUGAAGCGAAAACAUGUUCCAUUGUUAAAGAGCAAAGUCAGUGCCAAGAAAGCAAAGAAACUAUCCAUUGGAGGUUCUAGUCGAGUAAAGUGCAAGGCUAACAAAAAAUUUGCAAAGAAGAAUGUUAGUUUACUGGAUAAACCGAAGAAUAGUAAUCCUAUUGGAUUGUAUUCUAAAUUUUUUGGUGACCAUACAAGGGGCAUUUCAAGAAUUAUUGUUGAAGAAAGGUUUAAGGCUGCCAAUUUUGAUAAUGAUGACGAGGCUGUUAGGAUGGAUGUACUUUACCUCAUCACUAACUUUUUGUAUGCUUGGCAAAAAGAGAAGAACAUUGAAAAAACUGACUUGUAUCUUUGUGAUAGUGGUGGUUUUAAUCAUUUUCCAUGGGGAAAUGAUAUUUUUAAUGUGACUCUCUCAUCUUUGAGAGAUGCUUUAAGGGAAAAUGAAGUUGUUAUUACUAGACAAGGUGCUUACCCAACCUAUAAGUUGAAUGGAUUGCCAUUUGUUUUCCAAGUUUUCAUUUACAAAUCAAUUCCUAGUUUAGAGGGAACUUAUUAUGAAAAGGUUAGUUGUGGUCUGCCUAGGAUUAUAAAUUGGUCAUCUGUUGCAAUCCCAUCUCAUAAGGAGCUUGAGAGGAAUGUGUUUUCAUUACAUAAGACCAAAAUUGUUAAAGUUUUGCCCACUGAUGAAGAGAACAAUGCCUUCAAGCUUGAAGUUUUUUUCCAGUGCAACAAGGAUUUGAAUGUUGCUGAUUUUGAGGAUGAUGAUUUUGUUGCUCCUCCAAAGAAACCAACAAGUGAGGCUCCUUCAUCAUCUUAUGUUCCUUGUGUGACAUUUGGCUUUUCUGAUCUGAAAAUUAUUGUGGAUGAAUGUCAAAAGAAGUGUAACAUUAUGUCUAAGGAAAUUGCAAUGUUAAAGUUUGCUAGUGAAUCUAGACAUGGGGCAUUGAUGGAGAUGUUGGUUAAUUUGAAAAAUGAUCAAGAUUUAAAAUACAAGGCAGUUAUGGAAAUAUUAGGUGAGUUGAGGCCAAAAUCAUGUGGUAUUAAUGAUGAUAUUGAUCCUGUUGAUGGUGGUUUUGUGGGAGCUGAUGUUGUUGAUACUUCUAGUGGUGGUGGUGGUGUUUUAAAGGAAAAUGAUCAGUUUUUUGAGAAUGAAAGUUUUACCCAAGUUUUUGAUGAAUGCAUUCAAGCAAUGCAAGAAGAUGCUGCUGGAGAUAUGGUAAUUGUAGAUGAUAAGAAUAAUAAAAUAAAUAAGAAUGAGAAGACUACUGGGAAUGAUAUUGAAGAAACAAAGGUAUGUAUACUUAUCUAAAUAUUAAUUUUAUUGCUUGGUUGGUUUGUUAUUUUUUAUUUUAUAUUUUAUAGAUGUUUAUAUUUCUGUUAAUAUAUAUAAUUAAUGUUUUCUUUUUAUUAAUUUUUGUUUUCCCUUUUUGAUAAGAAUCUAAUUUUGUUUACAUUGUAGUAUGAGAAGUGGAAGAGAAAGUUUAGAAUACUUGUUUUGUAAACCUUUUGUUAUUAAUUUGUAAACUUUAAAUUUCUAAGUUAGUUUUGUACAAGACUUUUCCUGAGCAUGUUUAAACUCUGUUAUGUUUUUUGUAAACUUAUGAAUUUUGGAAUGUUUUUUUUGGCAAUUAUUCUUGUUUAUUAUAUCUAGAACUUUUUUUUUUACAUAUUGUCUUUUUUUUUAUAGUGUUUGUAAUUUGUUAGUUAUUUUUAUAUAUGUUUUUUAAUUUGUAUAUUUGUUAAAUUUUUUAGGAUGUUGCAUGUGAUGAUAUUAUUAAGAAAUAUUUUGUUGAUGAAGACAGCAAUGACCAGGUUAUUUUGGUUUCAUGAUAUGUAUUUUUUCAAGGUAAUGUAUUCGUGUAUUUCUUUAUUAAUUUUUAAAAUUUUGUUUUUCCAUAGAAUAUUGUCAAACUUCAUGAGGAUGUAGUUGAUGUUGUUAAAGAUCUAGAAGAAGAGGCUCAUAUUUUUAACAACAUGAAUGUGGAGAUUUUUGAUAAAGUUGUUCAUGCAGCUGCUGGUGAUUUGGCAAAGAAAAAGGUAACUAAACAUGGUAGAUUUUGUUUUUUUUUUCUUUUUGCAAUAUUUUCCAAUAGUUGUAUUAUUGAGUUUUUCAUAUUAUUUUUGUUUCUAGGAAGUUGUUAUGGCAACACCCAUUGUUGGUUCUUUGAUGAAUCCAGUAGUUGUAUCUACAACUGUUGUUGGCAAAAGAAAUCCAAAGCCUACUACAGUUUUGCAAUCUCCUUUUGUGAACCAAUUUGGAUCAUCUUCUUCUGAGGAUAUGAAACAUUUGAAUGUUGUGAAGUCUAAAAGGAAGGUUGUGGGACGAUAGGCAUUUGGAGACAAUCUUUUUGAUAUGCCUAAUCAAAAUGACCAAGACUCUUUUAACAAGUGGUUUUCUCUGGGGCUAAGAAAAAAUAAUAAGUAUGCUUCUAUUUUUUAAUUGUUUUUUUUUAUUUAUUUUGUAUUUCUGUUUCUGUUUCAACAUAAUGCACUUUUUAAUGUUUAUAUUUGUUAUAGGUAUAAGAAAUUUGAUGAUAAUAAUAGUAUCAUUAAGGAGCCAUUUCAGUUUUGUGUAACUGAGAUUGAGAGAAAAAUUUGGUUUUAUGAUUUAGUUAAAGAUAGGAGGGAUUUGGACAAUGAGGUAUUUUUUUCCCUUAAUAUUAUUAAGUUGUUUUAGUUUAAUGUUUUCAUUAUUCUUAUUAUGGUUUGCUUCUUGUUUUUUCAGCAUAUUAAUGUGGCUUUUUAUUACCUUAGAAAAAAAGCCAAGUAUUGUGAGUCGAUAAA